AUGGCACAAGCUAUGGCUUCAAUGUCUGGCCUACAUGGUUCAUCCCAGGCUGUGUUGGAAGGCAGCCUUCAUCUAAGCAGCUCAUCACGCUUGAACAUAGCCAGCAGCACCAACAGGCUGGCUGUGACCAAGUCCGGGUUCGCCAUAAGAGCCCAGCAAGCGCCUGCAGAGCCUGAAACUAGCCGUAGAGCCAUGCUUGGUCUUGUGGCCGCUGGUUUGGCCUCUGGUUCUUUUGUCCAAGCUGUGCUUGCAGAGGCUAAGCCCAUCAAAGUUGGUCCACCUCCACCCCCUUCCGGCGGAUUACCUGGAACUCUAAACUCGGAUGAGCCAAGAGACCUUGACCUGCCAUUGAAGGACAGGUUCUUCCUCCAGCCUUUGACCCCAGCUCAGGCUGCACAGAGGGCAAAGGACUCAGCCAAGGAAAUUGUUGCUGUGAAGGAGUACAUAGACAAGAAGGCUUGGCCUUAUGUCCAGAACGAUCUUCGUCUCAGGGCCUCGUAUCUCCGAUAUGACCUCAAGACUGUGAUUUCUGCCAAACCCAAAACAGAGAAGGAGCCACUCAAGGAACUCACUGGAAAGCUCUUCAAGGACAUUGACAAUUUGGACCAUGCAGCAAAGAUCAAGAGCACCCCAGAAGCAGAGAAGUACUAUGCGGCGACUGUUUCUUCCCUGAAUGAUGUUAUUGCAAAGCUUGGCUAA